AUGUUAAAUGGCCUUAUAGAGGGCACAGAGGGCGCAGAGGGCGCAGAGGGCGCAGAGGGCGCAGAGGGCGCAGAGGGCGCAGAGGGCGCAGAGGGCGCAGAGGGCGCAGAGGGCGCAGAGGGCGCAGAGGGCGCAGAGGGCGCAGAGGGCGCAGAGGGCGCAGAGGGCGCAGAGGGCGCAGAGGGCGCAGAGGGCGCAGAGGGCGCAGAGGGCGCAGAGGGCGCAGAGGGCGCAGAGGGCGCAGAGGGCGCAGAGGGCGCAGAGGGCGCAGAGGGCGCAGAGGGCGCAGAGGGCGCAGAGGGCGCAGAGGGCGCAGAGGGCGCAGAGGGCGCAGAGGGCGCAGAGGGCGCAGAGGGCGCAGAGGGCGCAGAGGGCGCAGAGGGCGCAGAGGGCGCAGAGGGCGCAGAGGGCGCAGAGGGCGCAGAGGGCGCAGAGGGCGCAGAGGGCGCAGAGGGCGCAGAGGGCGCAGAGGGCGCAGAGGGCGCAGACAGCGUAGAAUUCGCAGGCAGGGCAGAAGGCGUAGAACUUAUAGAGUUAGCAAAAUUUGCAGAAGACGCAGAACUCGCAGAGGGCGCAGAGGACGUAAAAUUCGCAGAAUUUGCAGAGCGCGUAAGCAGCGUUAAAUUAACAGAAAACGCAAAAUUUGCAGAGGGUGCUGAAUUCGUAGUAUCAAGAGAUUCUGCGAAUUUGGCGUAUUUCAGAGAAGCACCACAGCGUUUAACAGCAUCGAAAUAG